AAGGCGGUUUAGGAUCUAGGAUCUGCUAGGAUCUGUCAAAGCACAUAGUAGGAACAAAAAUAUGUUCAGAGUUUUGACCUUACAUUUCAGCAGUUGAACUAAAAUUUUGGCUUGUUAUUGCAAGCCAACGUCAUGAUUUUCCAUCAAUAGAUUUUUCGCCUCAACUUCAGCCUAUUCCACGAUGGGUGCAGAUCCCAUUGUCUUGAGUUUUUAUGAUUCUAUCAUAAGGCAGUCUGACGUUGACAUCUUAGAAGGUCCUCAUUGGUUGACAGAUAAUUUAAUAGGGUUUUACUUCGAAUAUCUAUCAAAUGUAGCAUACAAAGAUGAAGCAAGGCUUCUUUUUAUUGGUCCAGAAGUAACUCAGUGUUUAAAGGUGAGCCGCUGCCAAGAACUUGGUGUCUUUUUAGACCCAUUACAGGUUGAGAAAAGAACAUUUGUAUUUUUACCUGUUAAUGACUGUACUCAAGUAGAAUCCCCUGGAGGCUCACAUUGGAGUCUAUUAGUCUUCUGCAAGAAUGAAGAUUCAUUCUUCCACUUUGACUCUUCAUCUGGAUCUAAUUAUGGACAAGCAAAACAGCUAGCAUCAAAACUUUCCAAAUUCUUGUCAGCUUCUGAAGCAGGAGUUUUUGUUCAGGCUGACACACUUCAGCAAAAAAAUGGUUAUGACUGUGGCAUACAUGUUCUGUGCAAUGUAGACCUAAUAGCUGAAUAUUGUGCAAACCACAACCGUGUUGAAGGUUGUGGACUUGUUAAACAGUCAGAAGUUUUGAAUAAAAGAAUAGAAGUUCUCAAUCUUAUAUUCCAUUUAAAAGAAGAGAUGGAAAAUGAAUCUGGGAAAUCUAAGAACAAUCCACGACCUACAUCGUCAAAAAAAACAUCUAGUGCUGCUGGGUCAUCGAAGUAAAAGAAGAGUUCUCCAAACAAUUUGUCUUAAAAAUAUAUUGAUUCUGUAGGUUAUAGAUAUAUUUUUGGCAUGGUGAAAAUUUUUCAAACCUUAAGAUAUGUGAUAUUCAUGAAUUGUGUUAAAGCAUUAGACAUUUUACGACAUGUGCAACAGGACAAAGUUAUGUAUUUAUAAAAUUAAUCAACCUAUGAAAUCAGUGAAUUUCUGAAAUUCAAUCAAUUUAUUUGUCCAUUUGUUUGUCAUGUUUAGAGAGAGAAAAAAAAAUCUGCCAAGUGCCCAAAAAUGCCACAACUUUACUGCAUUUAGCAUGUAUAAAUUCUCUAUCUCCUAAAUUUUGUCUUCCAUGCAUAUGAAAGUGACUCCUUCAGAUAAUCAAUGUUUCCUCAUAAAUGUCUUACUUCGUAUCAGAAACUUUCUUGUAAUCAAAAGCUUACUCACACAAUGGUAUGUAAAAAAGAUAGGGGUUUUCUGUUUGGUGUAGAGAUGCUGCAUGGAAUACUGUACACAAUAUUGUGAUAUUCAAAACAAAACAAAAACAAACAAAAAUACGUACACAGAUCAUAUUUUUAUCAUAAAAAUAGUAAAGUUGUCCUCAAAUAUCACGUUUAGAGCUUAAAGAUCUAAUAUUUAUUAAACACGAGUAGUUGCUCGUUUGUAGUUUAUCAGUCGUCAAGACAAGAAUGGUGACAUUAUGAUAAUUUUUUUGUAACUAAGGUUGCAGAUGACACUUUCUUAAUUUUUUAAAACUAUUACAUUAAUUGUCAUGAAAUUUUGCUUUGAAUAUCAGAACAUUUAGGAGGGCAAUUGACCUCAAAUGGUAGCAAGAAUGUCAUGUAACUAACAAUGCUAGUCUAAACCAUGAAUCAUUAUUAUAGUAGCAUUUAACAUCACCAUAUCGUGUCAUGGUCAUCAUCUUCAUCAUCACCGCACUACCAUUUUCAUCAUCAUAUGUAUGAAAGACUGUUGUCCCUGAUCUAAUCUACCGUGACAGAAUAAAAGUUUCAAUAACAUUAA